AUGGCGCAUGUCUUUGAUCGGGCGCAAGAUCCGCCCUCUGCCGGCUUCGCCACCGAGCGGCUCCGCCUGAGGCCAUUCGCGGAGAAGGACCUGGAGAGUUUCGCCGCGUACCGAAGAGACCCCGAGGUGGCCAGGUUCCAGUCGUGGGACGCCGAGGCCUACACUUUGGAGAAGGCGAAGCAGCUCUUCGAGACGUCGUGCCAGGAGUUCAACGUGCCCGGCACCUGGUACCAGAUGGCCGUGGCGGACGCGGAGACGGAUGAGCUCGUGGGGGACUGUGCCAUCCACUUCCUGGAAGACGGCCAGCAGGUCGAAAUUGGAUACACCCUGGCAAGGGAACACCAAGGCAAGGGCUUUGCCAGAGAGGCAGUAGACAGCCUGGUGCACUUUCUCUUCUUUGUGCUGAAGAAGCGGCGCAUCGCUGCCACCACUGAUGUGCUGAAUGCACGCAGCGUGACUGGGUGA